AUGUUUAACACUACACCAAUAAAUAUUGACAAAUGGUUGAAGGAGAAUGAAGGUCUCUUGAAACCACCGGUGAAUAAUUAUUGCUUACAUAAAGGGGGGUUCACUGUGAUGAUUGUUGGUGGGCCCAAUGAAAGAACCGACUAUCACAUCAAUCCAACCCCAGAAUGGUUUUAUCAAAAAAAAGGGUCUAUGCUUUUGAAAGUUGUGGAUGAGACCGACGCUGAACCAAAGUUCAUUGAUAUUACCAUCAAUGAGGGCGAUUCAUAUUUAUUGCCAGGAAAUGUUCCUCACAGUCCUGUCCGGUUUGCUGAUACUGUGGGUAUUGUUGUGGAACAAGAUAGGCCUGGAGGAGAAAACGAUAAGAUAAGAUGGUACUGUUCACACUGUAGCCAAGUAGUCCAUGAAAGUGAACUGCAAAUGUUAGACUUGGGCACCCAGGUGAAAGAAGCCAUUUUAGACUUUGAAAAUGACGUCGAAAAAAGAACGUGUUUCCAUUGCAAGACAUUAAAUUAUGCACGCCCUCAAUCUCAUUAA